AGUAGACUGUCAGCGCACUGGUGUCUGUAAGGGCAUGUAGCCUACUGCAUUUCUAUGGUACACUGGUGUCUGUAAAGGCAUAUGUACUGCGUUUCUAUGGUAUACUUACCCAGUCCAAGUCUGAGGUCAGCUGAAGGAAUUUCCGGCACUAUGAAGAUACCGCCCGAGCAGACGAUUUAACUACGAUGAACUACAGGGUAAAUGAAUCCUUCUGGCCAUUUCACCAACCCAGUGCAUCAUGGGAGCCCUGGUGGUGGAGGUCUGCCAAGCUCCGGGAUGGGAAAUGGCAGCCUUCACUCAUCAAUGGAGAGUGUGGCGGCGGAGGAUUCGCCCCCCCCAGCCCUCUCUGCCAGACAGGACCCCCCUGGACAGGAGCAUCCUGCCGCCGAGCCCCUCCCCCGCAACAGCAAAACGCAGUGGGAGGGAGCCUGUCACCAUGGAGACUGCCUCGGCAACCGCCUCCAGCUCAUGUCUCUGGUCCAGUGCCGGGUCAUGACUUCUGCCACUAAGGGUCUCAGGGAAGACCACUCCCCCUUCCCAUCAGCCCCGGCAGUGUUCCACGCCCAUCAGCACAUCCCUGAGUUCCACCAGUGCAACAGGUAUGACCCCCCUGGCCUUUCCUCCAAAGCCCACUUUCUGCCCCCCGUGCCCCCGGCGAUGCGCCCCAUGGUGCCCCCAUCUGUGGCCGUGUCUGGGCCCGCCGGGGGCUGGGAGCCUGCCGUGCCCCGCCAUGGCCAGAUGGAGGUGCUGUUUUGGGAAAACGAGAGGCUGAAGCGGGAGCUGGACACCCAGCAGGAUAUCAGCUUCAGGAUACAGAAACUUGAGCAGGAGCUGAGGCGUAUUUCUGGCGCGUAUAGUCAGCUGAUCCAGACCUGUGCUGACAGAGAAGCUGAAGAAAACCAGCAGAGGGAGCAGUUACUAGAGGAGAUCAAGAGACUGCAACAGCUCAACAUUGACCUACAAGACAGAUUAGAGGAAACCAGUCGACAGGCUGUUGAGGAGGUGGAGAUUGCAGACCGACACCAACAUCAGAUGAUGGCCCUCAUCACACAGAACGAGCUGCAGCAGCAGGAGCAGGCCUGUCUGCAGCGUCACCUGCGGCAGCUGCGCGUGCGCUGGCACGAGCUGCGCGUGCACGCCUUUGCGGCGGAGCGGGCCCUGGGCGCCUCGGAGCGCCGCGCCGGCGAGCUGCGCAGGGAGCUGCGGACGCAGCAGGCCUGCGCGCACACCGCCCAGCAGCUGCAGGGGGCGCUCUCGCGUCUGCAGGACGCCUGCGCGCGCAGGGAGGAGCUGGACACGGAGCUGCGAGCGCAGCUGCAGCAGCAGCAGCUCAGACACACAGAGCAGUCUGACAGCAGCUCUCUCACAAAUGACCAGCCAGACCCAGAUAUGGAGAGCAGGCUGGCUGUGAUGACCGCUCUAGUUCAUCAGAAGGAUGAAGUAAUCCGCCACCUUCAACAGAGACUCCGAGAGGCUCUGAAGAGUGUUGCCGACAGCAAACACAGUCAAUCCAUAUUGAGCACAGAAGCAGAGACCCCUGAAUCAGAGGAGCAGCGAGCCCAGUGUUCGUCAUCCACUCUCUCCAGCCCUCAGCCCACGACUGCAGCAGCCAGCAGCCACCACCAGACCCAGGCCCUCACUACAGCCAGCAGCCACCACCAGACCCAGGCCCUCACUACAGCCAGCAGCCACCACCAGACCCAGGCCCUCACUACAGCCAGCAGCUCCAGUUGCCAUCUCAGUGUGGCACCCAGUACCUCCAACCCUGUGCCCUGUACCAGUCCAGAGCAGGCCAGUGUAGACUGUGUGAAGCAACUGACUGCCAGACCUCCCGAGCGCCUGGAGGGGCUGGACGGCUUGGAGGUGGAGGCAGUGGAGGUGUUCAUAUGAGGAUCAGACUCCAACACGGAGGGGUUUAGGACUAACCCUCUAACCUUGAACCUAGACUUAAUUCUUAGAUCAUUAGGUCUCCACCACAGAACAGUUUAGGACUAACCCUCUAUCCUUGAUUCUAGUCUUGAUUCUGAGAUCAUUAAGUCUCCAAUUCAGAAGAGUUUAGGACUAACUUUAACCUUAAUCCAAGUCUUAAAUCCAAUUCUGAUUUUAAAGUGAUCAAUAGGCUAAUGACUUACAAAGAUGUUUAUGAAUUUUAAACCAAAUUAUACUUUUAAGAAAUCCCACAUCCUUAUUACUAUAGUUAUACUAUAAUAUUACAAUAUUGUGAAUUGUUCCAUUAUGAAAAGAUGUGAUACAGCAUUUCAUUCUACAAAAUACAAGGUCAUCAUUAAAUGGGGUCAAUAUGGUUUAACAGUGAGAGGAGGCUUUAACAAACAUAGGCAACUUGUGCAUUAUAAUGCCUCACACUUUAGUAAUUACUUACAUAAUUGCCAUCCAUAAAUGAUUGUACAAAUAUCUACUGUACUAUAUGUAUAAUAACAUAUUGGUGAAAUGUUUGAAAUGACCUUUUUUGUUCAAUAUCUUAAAAGCCUGAUUCAUGUCUCAUACACUGCACGGACAGACAUACAGAGAGAGAGAGAGAGAGAGAGACAGUCACACACACACACACACACACACACACACACACAGUCCAUUGAUUUAUGGGGUGGUAGAAUAACACUCAUGAUAAGUACCCCGAAGGCAGAAUUGAAUUCACUGAACGUGUCCUCGUGACUAGACACACACACACACACACACACACACACACACACACACACACACACACACACACACACACACACACACACACACACACACACACACACACACACACACACACACACACACACACACACACACACACACACACACACACACACACACACACACACACACACACACACACACAAUUAUAAAAAUGAUUUGCCCAAGUAAUUGUCAAUAUCAAUAUGCCCUGCACUUCUACUCUACAAAUCUAUUUUACAUCUGUCCAACAGCUAAAUCAUUCUACAGUUACAAAUAUCUUAUACAGCUACAAAUUAAUGUUCUACUAAAUGCACAAAGCUCUGAUUCUUUUGCACAACCUUGGGGAUCAAAAUGUCUCUUUGUAUUGUAUGUGUGUAUCAUACCAUAACUGAAUUAUUUGCAAGAGUAGAAGUAAUUCACACAUGUUUUUAUUUUUAUGUAUCGAUUUUUUUUUCACUCUUAAUUGUGUACAUUUCUGUAAUUUAAUGUUUUAUGGUUUGUAUGUAUAAG